UAUGGACGCACAACCUUCGACAUCAUCUGGCGCGAUGGACCAGCGUAGAAAGGAUGCACUCAAAGCAUAUCGCGAGAAAAUGCGCGCUCACGAGAAGAGUAGUGAGGGCUUGAAGAAUGUAAGGUUCUCUUUAAAGGAUUUGGAAAAGGCCUAUAAGAAGACCGAGGACGAUAUCAAGGCGGUUCAGUCCGUCGGUCAAAUCAUUGGUGAAGUUAUGAAGCAACUCGAUUCCGAUCGCGUCAUCGUAAAGGCUUCCUCUGGCCCACGCUAUGUUGUGUCCUAUCGGCCCACUCUCCCAGUCGCGAAGCUCAAAACUGGAACGCGUGUUUCCCUCGACAUGACGACAUUAACCAUUAUGCGAAUCCUACCCCGUGAAGUUGACCCGCUUGUUUACAAGAUGAGCUUGGAGGAUCCAGGAGGUGCUUCUUUUGCUGGAAUCGGCGGACUGGGCGGGCAAGUACGGGAGCUCCGCGAGAUUAUCGAACUACCCUUGAUGAACCCUGAACUCUUCCAGCGGGUAGGUAUCAAGCCACCGAAAGGAGUUCUUCUGUAUGGUCCUCCAGGAACAGGCAAAACCCUCCUUGCGCGAGCUGUUGCCGCAACUCUUCAAACGAAUUUCCUCAAAGUCGUUUCGUCUGCCAUCGUCGACAAGUACAUAGGAGAGAGCGCUCGUGUUGUACGAGAGAUGUUCGGUUACGCCCGUGACCAUGAACCGUGCGUUAUUUUCAUGGAUGAAAUCGACGCCAUAGGCGGUCGUCGGUUCUCAGAGGGUACCAGUGCGGACCGUGAAAUUCAGCGCACGCUGAUGGAGCUUCUGAACCAAAUGGAUGGCUUCGAUUCUUUAGGAAAGACCAAACUCAUCAUGGCCACGAAUCGACCUGAUACUUUGGAUCCCGCUCUUCUUCGUCCUGGUCGGUUAGACAGGAAGAUUGAAGUGCCCCUUCCCAACGAACAAGCACGGCUAGAAAUCUUGAAGAUCCACGCUGCUCCAGUCAACAAAGGUGGAGAGAUCGACUACGAGGCCAUUGUGAAGCUUUCUGAUAGUUUCAACGGUGCUGACUUGCGGAAUGUUGUCACGGAGGCCGGCAUGUUUGCGAUUCGGGAUGAUCGCGAGUACAUCAAUCAGGAGGACCUGACAAAAGCUGCUCGCAAGGUCGGAGAGGCGAAGAAGCACGAAGCCAAGAUGGAAUACUCGACAUA